UAUAGUACCCAUCUCCACCUUCCCUUUCUCCUCUCUCCCGGAUUCCCGGCGACCUCCCACCCUUUUCCUUCCCUCCCGGCCGCCCGCCCGCCUCCGUGAUCGCAAUUCGCACCUGCCCGCGCGGCCCGACGACCAGUCCUCCCCACCCAUGGCGCGGCGAUCCGCCCCUCUCCUGCGCCGCCUCGUCUCCGCGUCCUCCUUCCCGCCCGCGCCGCAGCCCCUCGGCGGCGUCCUCGCGCGGCGCACGGUGACCUACAUGCCCCGACCCGGGGACGGCGCCCCGCGCGCCGUCACGCUCAUCCCGGGCGACGGCAUCGGGCCCCUCGUCACGGGCGCCGUGCGCCAGGUCAUGGAGGCCAUGCACGCGCCCGUCUACUUCGAGACCUACGACGUCCACGGCGACAUGCCCACCGUUCCGCCCGCCGUCAUCGACUCCAUCCGCCGCAACAAGGUCUGCAUCAAGGGCGGCCUCGCCACGCCCGUCGGCGGCGGGGUCUCCUCCCUCAACAUGCAGCUGCGCAAGGAGCUCGACCUCUACGCAUCGCUCGUCCACUGCUCCAACCUCCCCGGCCUGCCCACCAGGCACCAGGGUGUCGAUAUCGUCGUCAUCAGGGAGAACACCGAGGGCGAGUACUCGGGGCUCGAGCACGAGGUCGUGCCCGGGGUCGUUGAAAGCCUCAAGGUGAUCACAAAGUUUUGCUCUGAGAGGAUUGCCAAAUACGCGUUCGAGUAUGCUUACCUUAACAACCGAAAGAAAGUCACUGCAGUGCAUAAAGCAAACAUUAUGAAGCUUGCCGAUGGUUUGUUCUUGGAGUCUUGCCGCGAGGUUGCUUCAAAGUACCCUGGUAUUCAGUACAAUGAGAUGAUUGUUGACAACUGCUCUAUGCAACUUGUUUCAAAGCCAGAACAAUUUGAUGUCAUGGUUACACCUAAUCUUUAUGGCAAUUUGGUGGCUAACACGGCUGCAGGUAUUGUUGGAGGGACAGGCAUCAUGCCUGGAGGCAAUGUGGGUCAGGACUAUGCUGUCUUUGAGCAAGGUGCUUCUGCAGGAAAUGUUGGAAAUGAGAACAUCGUGGAGCAGAAGAAAGCAAACCCUGUCGCGCUGCUUCUGUCAUCUGCUAUGAUGUUGAGGCAUUUGCAGUUCCCAUCAUUUGCUGACCGUCUGGAAACGGCGGUGAAGCGCGUUGUUGCAGAAGGCACGCACAGAACAAAGGAUUUGGGCGGUACCAGCACCACCCAGGAAGUUACCGACGCUGUGAUUGCCAGUCUGGAUUAGAUUUCUGGUGCACACCUGAAAAAAAAGUUAAUUCUUUGGGGUGACUAGUUGGCUAGUCUUGACUCCUGAGUGUUAUUUAUCUUCUUACAUAGAUUUAGAUUGCUUCACAUUUUCGAGGGAUUACAAGGUAUCCCUUGUUUCAGAUUUUGUUUAGAAAUAAUUAUUGAGGAACCCACGAUGAUUGUUGUUCAUGUGAUACUUUGUACUUAUCAAGGUAGAAGACCUUGAGUUGUGAAAGGCAAAGGGAAUGGAUGACAGUCUCAAAAUAACAUGAAUUGAGAGUUGACUCUCAGAUUGGAGCUUUGGCCCAUAUGGUUGCCACUA